AUUCCACUCCUCAGCGUUGCACAGCCAGUCUUGAGUUGUGAGGCCGAGGUCGGCGUCUCCUCGCUCGCCCUCUAGUCCGCUUAGCCGACUUGUUCAAUUUAACCGUUCAGCCGCCACCGGUGUGCCAUGACGACCGGCCUCCGUCGGCCUCUGGCACGGGAGGAUUUGCGGACGCCAAAGCCGUUUCUGAAUUAGCCAGCGGCGCCUCCGCUAACGAGGGGAAGAGAUGACGGGGAUAAUGGCGACGAUGAAGGCGCCGACAGGGGUCCGGUAGCGGUGCGGUGUAGAGGACGGGAAGAUGAGCGUGGGCUGGGCAGGGAAAGGCAUGUGAACAAGUUUUCAGUAUCGAUGUAUGGCGAGCGUGAGAGAGAAGGGAAGGAGGACGAGAUGAGGGAGGGGAGCGUGUGAAGCCCGUGGAUCUCGGGACUGUACUGGAAAUGCGAGAGAUGGCGCGAGAAGGUACGCAGAGAGAGGGGAUUUAACACGUUUUUACCCGUUCCUCCGUUCGGAAGGGGAGAGUGAAGCUGGAGUGAAGGGGAAGUUGAAUAAGCAGAACAGGAAAGAUCAGAAGAGACUAAGAGAUAGAGGUAGCGGAAGAAGUGUUAAAAUAAGUGUAACAGUGGAAGGAGAGUAGUGACUAGAAAGAGAGAGAGAGUUGCGAGAUAUUGCAAGUGAAACACAAAAAAAGAAAGCGAGCAGAAGGAGGUUGAGGAGAAAAUUAAAGGGAAGGGAAACCCUGCUCGGAGCUGGCAGCGAGAGGGAGGCAGAGUUGUAAACACUCGGGCCAGAGAGCAGGAGAAGAGGGAUGCACACAGAAACGGUUUGCUGGCUUGACCGCCGGAUAGUUGUGAAAGGGAUUUAUUUGCCAUGGGAUGAGGAGCACUUCUGAUACCCCGAGCGACGACAAAACCAGGCGUACCAGCCGGCUCGGCGCACGCCAUGAGCGAGGCCACGAUGAGGAGCUCAAAGAUCGAAGCUAAGGAGGCUUGUGACUGGCUGAGAGCGGCGGGGUUUCCACAGUAUGCCCAGCUGUAUGAAGAUUCCCAGUUUCCAAUUGACAUUUCUUCAGUGAAAAGGGACCACGACUUUCUGGAAAGGGACCUGGUUGAGCCUCUAUGUCGACGUCUCAACACCCUUAACAAGUGCGCCUCAAUGAAACUUGAUGUCAACCACCCCAAGAAGAAGGCGGAUGACUCCGAUGAGGAUGACCCACUGGCCAUCAGCAAAAGAUGGACGUUUGAGUGGAGUAGUCGACGCUGGUCCCGUUUGCAAGACAUCCACUUCCUGUUGGACAGCCCCAGUGAGAACAGUCCCACUGGCAAGCGGGAGGGCUUACACAGCACGGUGAGCAGUGAGAGCGUUCUGACGGACCUGAGCGAACAGGAGAUCACGGAGAUCUCCUCGCUCCACAGCGAAGAUUCGGCCUCCGCCUUGCCCGACUCCGUUUCGAUGGCUUCCCUCUCCGCCUCCUACCAACCGCCCAGGGACCUCCAACAUUACAACUCCCUGCCGACCAAGAGCAGCCGCCAUGGGCAAGGAGGGCGCAGUCGAGCCAAGGAGUUCCUGCGGCGUAUGGAUAUGAUGCGCACUUGGGGGCCGUCGACGAGACGGAAAGGCUUAAGUCGCAGGCCACCGCUGGUCAUCAGUGGACCGGUGCUGCAGGGGGAGGAACCUCAGGCUCUGCAGAUGCUCCAGUGUACCCCGAUCAGCCAAUUAGAAACCAGCCCUAAACACGUUCACCAAUCAGGUGGCGGUACUUCCCCCGUCUCCAACGAUGACAACUGUGAAGACCAACCCAUGGUAAGCGUGAGCCCCAGCGUUGAAAGUGUAACCCCCAGUUUGAAGGAGGCCGUGUGCAGGAAGCCCCGGCCUGCCAGCAAGAGAGGAAGCAUAUAUCUGGAAGACAUGGAGCUGCCUUCUCAGGGCAAGAGAACUGAAGGACAGAGCCCGUUUGGCAAAAAUCAGUUUCACUCUUAUGAAAAUCUCCUGGUUCACAUCCCUAAAGACCACAAACCAGGCACUUUCCCAAAAGCUCUGUCCAUAGAGAGUCUAGCUCCUUCCCCAAACGAUAGAAAUAAUAACCCGCAGACACGAGUCCAAGCCUCCGCUGUCAAUCCGGGCCUGGGUGAGCCCUGGUCAAAUAAACCUCUCGCUAUACCCCCCUGCCCUGGAGCUCCGCGGGGCAGCAGGGUGAGCAUUUAUGACAACGUGCCGGGAUCUCAUCUGUACGCCAGCACGGGGGACCUGCUGGACUUGGAGAGGGAGGACAACCUCUUCCCCCACCUGGACGACAUCAUCCAGCACGUCAGUGGUCUGCAGCAGAUCGUGGACCACUGGAGUCGCAGCGUGUUGCCCGAGGGCGAGGCAGGAGAGCGGGAGGGGGAGGAGGAGGGGGAGGGGCGGACCACCCCCAGCGAGGGGGAGAGAGACGGUGUCUCCCUGAAUGACACUGACUCCACAGGGACCAGUCGGGAGAGGAGGGACUCUGGAGUGGGGGCGUCUCUGACCAGACCACGGCUACGGUGGCCGAGCUUCAGGAUGUCUGACUCCCUGAGCCAGCCAGCAUCCUCGCUGCAGAUUAGUAGCCAAUCGGCAGGCCAGCUCAGUCUUCUGCAGAAGUUCUCUCUACUCCGCCUCACCGCCAUCAUGGAAAAAUAUUCCAUGUCGAACAAACAUGGCUGGACAUGGUCUGUGCCCAAGUUUAUGAAGCGCAUGAAGGUGCCAGACUACAGAGAGAAGAGUGUUUUUGGCAUUCCUCUCAUCGUCCAUGUCCAGCGAUGUGGUUUUCCUCUCCCCCUUUGUCUGCAGCAGGCCCUCAGCCACCUGCGAACACACUGUCUGGACCAGGUGGGGCUCUUUCGUAAGUCGGGCGUGAAGUCUCGUAUCCAGGCCCUCAGGCAGCAGUGUGAGCAGUCCCCCGACUCUGUGAGUUACGAGGACCAGUCUGCGUACGACGUGGCCGACAUGGUCAAGCAGUUCUUCAGAGACUUGCCAGAGCCUCUGCUCACCAGCAAGCUGGGGGAGACCUUCCUGCACAUAUACCAGUACGUUCCAAAGGACCAGAGGCUGCAGGCCGUGAGGGCAGCCAUUCUGCUGAUGUCGGACGAGAACAGGGAGGUGCUGCAGACGUUGCUCUACUUCCUGCGUGACGUCACGUCCUUGGUGGAGGAGAACCAGAUGACUCCUAUGAACCUGGCCGUGUGUCUGGGUCCCUCCCUGUUCCACCUCAACAUUUUGAAGAACGAGAUGCUCUCACCCAGGUCCAUUCAGAGGAAGUACACCACGGGCCGUCCCGAUCAGAAGGACCUCAACGAGAACCUGGCUGCCACCCAGGGCCUGGCACAUAUGAUCGCUGAGUGCCAAUACCUCUUUCAGAUCCCAGAGGAGAUGGUGACCCAGUCGCGAAACUCGUACAUGGAGGCUGAGCUGCUGGCGCCCCCGCUGGACGAGCUGGGCAAGGCUCACGAAGAGGAGGGGGAGAUGGGGGAGGAGGAGGACGAGGAGGAGGAGGGAUCAUACCACACUCACCUGGAGGGGCUUUUUCAGAACCUGCUGAAAGAGGCCAAGGAUAAGAGCAAAGGCUGGGUGUCCCGCUCCGCCGUGGACCAUACCGAGCUGGCGUCUAAAAAAGUGGGAGAUGGUAACCCUCUGCGUCGGUGGCGCGUGUGUGUGGAGGUGCCGGCACCUCCCAGUGAGGUGCUGCAGCGGCUGCUGAAAGAGCGCCCUCUGUGGCAUCCUGAUGUACUACAGGAGACGGUUCUGGAGGCGCUGGAUAAACAGACGGACGUGUACCAAUACUCCAGCCAGAGCAUGGCACCGCAACCGAACCUUGAAUAUGUGGUACUAAGGUCAUGGCGUACAGAGCUGUGUAAGGGCUCCUGUGCGCUGGUGUGUGUGUCUGUCGAGCAUGAGGACAGCCCACGUAUGGGAGCGGUGAGAGGGGUGGUUCUGGAGUCACAGUACCAACUGGAGCCCAGUGGUACCAGCAAGACAAGACUCACACAUAUCUGCAGAGUGGACCUCAGGGGCCGGUCUCCAGAGUGGUACAACAAAACAUUUGGUCAUUUGUGCGUAAACGAAGCCCAGAGGAUCCGCUCUUCUUUUCACCAUUUGGAUCCGACAAGCCCGGAGACCAAGACCUGAACCUCAAAGGCAUAAAUCUGGGCUCAACGGUCCAAGGGCAGCUUGGCCUGGGAUCCAAGGAUCCACGGGGAGGGGGGGCAAACCAAGGGGUUUGGGGGCAUCACAGGACCUGAUCAAUGGACUUAAUCCUAGGAUAUAGACUUAGAAAUAGGAGGCUUGUCACUCUGCUUCAUUAGACUGUGCUGAACUGUGGUGCAUCACACUGUGCUGGCAUUGUUCCUCAAUCACACACACACACACACACAAGCAUAUAUGUUAUUUAUAUAUACAUAUAUACGUAUGUAUAAGUGUAUGUGUGUGUGUUUAUUGCCGUGAAAAAACACAACAUCCAGCAGCAUAUCAUUACCUUCAGUUAGAUUAGGAUAAACACAUUACAUGUGAUGAUUGUGAUACACUACACACCAAUAUCACUACAUGCGAUAUUACAAUCUAUCAAUUGGAUUUCUCAACCAACAGUGCUAGGUUUUGUUACACAAUUUUAAUUACAUGGUAUACUUCGUACCCACCACCAUUAGAUGUCCCUUCAGUUUUUCAGGUGCUCACUGUUUCCUCAGUGGUGUGUCCGGUGUGUGUCUACAGUUUCAGAUAUUUGACAGCUCUUGUAACCGUCGCCACAGAGCCCCUUGUCUUCUCCAUCCCUUUCAUUUCAUCCCACUUUAUACAAACAAACGUCCACCUUUUCUACCGUCGAAUGAUCCGCGGCAUUUUCGGUCCAGCAGGCCAGUCUGAGAUCAGCGCUCCUGCCUCACUUAAAAUCCAGUUUCCCAUUCCGCAAAGCUCUUAAUGCCUUGCUCGUCCACAAAAUGCACUUCUUUUAUCACGCAGAAAUUCUAGGAUUAAAGUAUAGCAACUGUUGGACAGGCCCAAUACCGCAGCCCGUCCACCCAGUGAACAUGAGCCAUUCAAGGCCAGUACAGUCUGGGCCCAGUCCAGCACCACAUUGUGAAGAGGGCACUAGUGCAGCAUAAGAAGCACAUGACUGCGACAGAGCCAGGACAUGGAGACAGUAGGAGACACUCACUGGGGCCAUAAUUCUGCUUUAACCCCUACUGUGGAUACAAUGUGUUAUAUUGCUGUUGAGUGAAAUUACUCUGUCACUUUUGUCAGUGUUUAUAAUCUUAUCUAUUGAAUUAUUGUUAUUUUGUUAUUAUUUUAAGGUUAUUAUUGUCAUGAUAUGGCUGUAUAUGGUAUCAAUGUUGCUUGUUUUCAUGUUAUACAAUGUCUAAGACAUUUGACCAUUUCACUGCUUCUGGGAAGCAUGUUUGAAAUUGUGUGUGUGUGCGUGCAUGUGUGUAUACAUGUAUGGGUGUGUCUGCGGGUGUGUGUGCGAGUGUGUUGUAUGUCUGUGUGUGUGUGUGUGUGUGUACACGUGUGCAUGCACACAGAUCAUGCGUGCGGCUGCGUACAACGUCACAUGUACCGCAUGCAUGUAUACGUGUGCAAACAUGCAUGAAGAUGUGCCUGUGUGUCUUUACUUUGGUUGUACAGCCCGAGUUGUAGUUGCGUGACACUUUCUGCACCAGCAGAGGAACCAUCAUAGCUUAUCAGGGCCCACCUAGUAUUAUGCUGACAUGCUGAAAUGGGAGCCUUCUCCACACCUCAUGCUAAGCAAAGCAAUAGCAAAGUAAAGCUUGCCCUGCCACGGCGUUGCCGUGGCGUUCCCAAAUUGUUUCAGCUGUAGACCGUGUUGCUAUGGUGUUGCUACGAUACCCUAUUUUCACAGUGCCACCAGAGACCCUGUUUGGAUUCUGCUGGCUGGGAGGCAGCCUAGCUAGCACGUGUGUGCGUGAGCGAGAGACACUGACAAGAGUGUGAAUGUGUCUUGACGUGAGCCUCGGGGUGAGGGGAGCGCGCGGCGUUAAAGGCUUCAAACCUAGCAGAGCAAGUGGACAUCGGGGUGACGGAUGCUCGGUUAUUUCUGACAAAGCGGGCUGAGGCCGGAGCUGUCGUUUAUAAACAAGGGAAUAAAAAAAAGAGAAAGAAGAACGAAACCGUGUCUUGUUUGUUGAUCACUUCCAUUCCCGUGUCAAACGAGAUGUCGUGCGCACCGAUGACCGCUAGCUGGUGCUGUUUCCCCACUUUAACGCUUCCAGAACCCCCGCGAGUGUU